GUGAGAGAGGGGCGCUCAAACAUCCCCGUCAACUCCACAGCAGAGCUCAGCAGCAGCAGCAGCAGCAGCCGCCGCUCCACAGCCCGGCUCACCUCCACACGCGCUGAAAGCUGGAGCGCUUCACUUCCCUCAGCCGCAGCGGGUUAUUGAAUGAGUGACUACCUAAACCACAGUGGAAACACCCAGGUUCAUUCCCUCAGAGGUACAUCCUAAAUAGGAAUCAGCUGUGUCCUGAAGUGAACAAUGAAGCUGCUGUUGGCCGUGGCUUCCCUGCAGUUAGUCCUGGCCUCUGUCUACAUGCUGCCCAGUGGUGAUUACUGGGACGAAUGGGGACCAUAUGGAGAGUGCAGCCGCACGUGUGGCAGCGGGGUAACCGUGAGGAUGAGGCGUUGUGUGACUCAGCGGACUGAUGGAGGGCACAACUGUGUCGGACCCGAUAAGUCGUACCGCUCUUGCAAUAUUCAGGACUGCCCUGAGGGAUCCAGAGAUUUCAGAGAGGAACAAUGCUCUCAGUUUGAUGGCACUGACUUCCAUGGAAAACUCUACAAGUGGCUGCCUUACUAUGGAGCGGAAAACCCAUGUGAGCUGAACUGCAUCCCCAGAGGAGAAAACUUCUACUAUCGUCACCGCUCCUCAGUGGUGGAUGGCACACCCUGCCACCCAGGCAGGAAGGAUAUCUGUGUGGAGGGAGUCUGCAGGCGUCUGGGCUGUGACAGCAUGCUGGACUCUACCCAGCAGGAGGACCCUUGCCUGGUGUGUGGGGGGAACGGUCAGUCCUGCCAAGCCAUCAAGAACACUUUCUCCAUGCGGGAUCUGCCUAACGGGUACAAUCAAAUGAUCAUCAUUCCUGUUGGUGCUACCAGCAUCCGCAUCAGUGAAGCUGUAGCUACUCGCAACUACUUGGCUAUCAAGAACCUGCGUGGUGAGUACUACCUUAACGGGCACUGGGUGAUUGAAUUUUCCCGUGCUACCCCAAUUGCUGGCACCAUGCUGUACUAUCAGAGAGGAACAGAGGGGGAGAUGACCCCUGAAACCAUCAUUGGCCGUGGACCUACCACUGAGCCCCUGGUCAUUGAGCUGAUCACUCAGGAGCCCAACAGAGGAGUGGACUACGAGUAUUAUCUGCCCAGUGGUCGUUCUAGAGAGGGCUACUACUGGAGCUAUGGCUCCUGGUCUGCCUGCAGCAAGGAAUGUGGCUCUGGUUAUCAGUCUCGUCUGGUCUUCUGUACUAUUGAUAAUGAAGCAUACCCAGACUAUUUGUGUGCUUCCCUGCCUCGACCUCUCAAUAACCGCACAUGCAACGAGCAACAGUGCCCCCUCACCCGCAGGAUGGCGUAUGUGUACCAGCCGCAAUUGUGGAGACCCAGAGAGCCACCACGUGUCUAUGUUCAGGUGUACAGCUGGAAGAUAGGUGAAUGGAACCAGUGUUCAGUGACGUGCGGUGGUGGCUCUCAGGUGCGGCGAGUGGAGUGCAUAUCCCAUGACGCAUCUGGAGUGCGGGUGGUGGAGGACUCUCUGUGUGAGACCUACGCUCUCAAACCUCUCAGUCAACAAAACUGCAACAUGCAGCAGUGUGCCCAGUACAGCGUGUCCUCCUGGAGUCAGUGCUCUGUGACAUGCGGCUCUGGGGAGCAGAUGAGGGAUGUGGUGUGUGUGGGAUCAGGAGGAAACCGUCUGGAGGACUACAUGUGUGGGACCCUGCUGAAGCCCCCCAGCACACAAGCCUGUGAGAUGCCGGCCUGCAGAAUCCUUGUUGGCUGGCAUAUUGGGGACUGGGGUCUGUGUUCUAAAAGCUGUGGCUCGGGGCUGCGGGAGCGGCAGGUGAUCUGUUCAGACACACAGAGGAACCUUUACGGGGUGGAGCACUGCAGCAACCAUCCCAAACCCCCUACUGUGGAAACCUGCAACUCCCAGCACUGCUACAGCCCCCAGGUGGUGCCCAGCAUGCAAGACCCAAGAGGCUAUGACAACACCCUACGUGGAUUCCUGCUUUAUGCUCCUGAAGAACAUGCUCCAGUGCAUCAGCCAGUAGAUGUAGACCCUUACCCCAGUACAGGUGUGGUUCCUCACUGUCGUCAGUCUCCAUACGGUUGCUGUCCUGAUGGCAGGACUGCAGCCAGUGGCCCCCGCGGUCAAGGCUGUGUCCAGAGAGUGCCUUGUACCCGCACCAGGUAUGGCUGUUGUCGAGAUGGAGUAUCUAAAGCCAGUGGACCCAAUAAGGAGGGCUGUCCUGAAUAUGUCCCAGAAUAUGUUCCAACUCCUGCCUCUCCACCUGUAGACUGCCGCAUGUCCACAUAUGGGUGCUGUUAUGAUGGAGUGACCACUGCUAGUGGUGCUUACGGAGAGGGCUGCCCCAACCUCCUGCCUAGUGCUCAGCGCAUGUCCUGCGAGCUGCCCCACAGCGCCGGCCUGUGUGACCAGUGGACCGCCCGCUACUACUAUGAUGCCACCUCGUCCCGCUGCAUGCACUUCUGGUACGGCGGCUGCCAUGGCAACAGCAACAACUUUGCCACGCUGGAGGAAUGCCAGCACACAUGUCAGGGAAGUGUGCCUGUCUCCACUGUGUACAAUGCAGAAGCCAACUCAGGCCACAUCCGUCUGGGAACUAGUGCAGCCCAGCAUGCCCGUCGUGCCAGGAUCCAGCUGCGGGGCCGCCGGCCUGCUCCCAGAGCCGUGCAGCUCAGCAGCCCCUCUGCCAGUUGGACUGCUGUGGGUGUGAGUAUAGACAAGUCAGACCCCUCUACAGUGGAGGGGAUAGUGGGACAGGUGGUGGUUUUGCCCUGCAGGGUGAGCCCACCCCCCUCCUCGACCGUGACAGUGGAAUGGAGACGAGACGGCAUUCCUCUCGACCCUGCCAGGCACAGACAGCAGCCUAAUGGCUCUCUGCUGGUGGGUCCUGUAACAGUGGGGGAUUCUGGCUGGUUGCUGUGUGUGGCCACGCGAGAUCGUGAGAGAGAUUACCGCUACAUCUACCUGUCUGUCUCAGAGGUUGCUCAGGAUUCAACGUUACCUCAGGAUGGAGCAGAGAGGACAGAUCCUGUUGACUCACUGGACCCUAUCCCUCAUGACCCACGCCAGCACACACCCAGGUUUAGUAUUGACCGAUCAGGCUCGACGCUGGUUGAGGCGCGUGCAGGUCAGACUGCUAGACUACACUGUACUAUCCUACCCACCUCAGCUACAUCCUCAGUCAGUAUUCAGUGGACCAAAAACGGAGCUGUACUCAACACACUCAGGCAUUCACAGAACUCUGACGGCACCCUGGUCAUUAAUAACCUCACAUCUAAUGAUUCAGGUGUUUACACCUGUGCAGCUGCUAGCAGUCAACAGCUGGAACAAUUGCAAGUCCAGCUCAGAGUUACAGGGGACCUGAGGAUCACCACAGCCCCUAAUAAUGUGCAGGUGUCCCAGGGCAGCACGGCUCAGCUUCCCUGCAUAGUGUCUGGAGAAAACGUCAAUGUGGGCUGGUCCAGGAAUGGUGUGCCAGUAAGGCCAGAUGGACAUCGAGUGCUGGUGUCGGCGGAUGGCACUCUUAUUAUACAUAAUGUACAGCCUGUGGACGAAGGCUCUUAUACCUGCAACGCCUACAGUGGUACAUACUCCGUCAGUGCCACCGCUGAAAUUCGGGUGACCAAAGAUUAUGGUGGAGGCCUUAGCCCAUCGGUUGACUGUGUGGAUGAGCCGGAUUUGGCUAACUGUCAGCUGAUCGUCACUGCCCGCCUGUGUGGCAACCGCUAUUUCUCCAGCUUCUGCUGUGCCAGCUGCUUUCACUAUGCAAUGGGAAAGAGCAGGCCAGGCCGGCAUGGAAAAGGAACAGUGGUCAGAGCUCUAGGCCUCAUAGGCUGACUGGGACUCUCGUGCCUUUUUCUGCAUACAGAGCUGUGCUGAUACGAUUGUAUAUGUUAUUGGACAGCAUGACUCCAUUCCCACGGAAGCCUAAUGUUGGUCAAGUUGCUCAUAUCACAAUCCUGUUUACAUUUGUGUUGGGCUUGGGAACGUGCACUGUAGAGACGCACUGCAAAAAAUGCUAUCUUGUCAAGUAAAAUAAUAUUAAAUGUAGUCAAUGGAUCUAAUGUUUCUUCUGUUAAGAUUGUUGUAAGCUUAAUUUCAGAUUAUUUUCCUUGUUUCUUUAGACAUUUUCAAUUGUAUUAUGUGAAAUGGUCUCAUUAUAUUGGAUAGAUAGAUAGAUAGAUAGAUAGAUAGAUAGAUAGAUAGAUAGAUAGAUAGAUAGAUAGAUAGAUAGAUAGAUCAUUUAGCUUAUUUUAAAAAAUGUUAAAAAAAAAAUUUGCUUGAAACCAGCUAAAUGUAUAGUGAGAAUUUUACUUGAAGGAAUUACUUAAAACAAGUAAAAAAAAAAGCCUAGAAAUAAGCUAAAUAAUCUUAUAGUAGGUGCACAAUCAUCUCAAAAUGGGAAAUCUUACUAUAUAAGAUUUAUUGACUAGAUUAAAGAUCAUUUCACUUGACACAAUACCAGUUUUUUGCAGCGUGCGAGGAGGAGCAGUAUCUCUGCCUGUAUUUAAAAUGGACUCCGUCUCUUUAUGCUGUGAGCAUGACUGAAUUUAAGAUGAUUCUCAAUCUUAUGGAUGAAAAGUGCCAAAUAAUAACUGAAGACAUGGAUUUGCUGCAUGACUGUCGAUCUAUUUUAAGGUUAUUACUAUCAAUCUACACAAACUAAAAAACUAAGCAGUCAAGUGGUGGAGAAUCUUACUGUGAUGUGGUCUGUACUUAAAGCUGUGAAAUCACAGAAAGUGCCUGCACAUCCUUGAGAUUGGAUUGACACAGCUGUCAAUCAUUUCAUUAUCCAGACCCUUUAAUCAGCAGUUAUCUUUUAUAAAACAUUUUAUGUGCUUUUAUUGUAAAGUUAAACACUGGGUGGCUGUGUUAAGAUAAGGGAAACUAGUUCAACACAAGUACCAACAAGAAAUUGACUAGACAUUUUGAAAUGAAGGUUGCCACUAGAGGGUGUCAGAGGCAUUUUGAUUAAACUUUACUGUUUAAUUGCUGCCAUGCUGUCCACUCAUAUAUACAGUCAUCGGUGACAGUACAUCCAAUAUCAGCUUUCACCAGCCGUUUCUACACUGAAAUAACCACAUCUGACCUCAGAUCAGCAGCUAGGAGCAGACUGCCUCUACUCUGGAGGACAAAGGAUUGACAUGUACAAAUGAAAUGUACUGUAAAAGCAAUGUAAUACUGCACUUCAUCUACGUUGUUCUACUUUAUUUAUAAUGAUGUAAACAGCUUUUGUGUUUUGUACUUACUGUAUCUUUGUUUAUGAAGAACUUUUUGUGAAUCACUGUAUAUAAAGAAUUAUAAUAAAAACACACAUAUGAU